UUGAAUUUGAGCACAAACCUCUAGAUGUUUCCUGUUUCGAGCUACCCCUCCACUGAAGCUCGGAGUGGAUGGUAGAAAGUACACGCUUUACCGUUGAGUACGUUUCCCAUAGUUGAGUCAAAUUCACCGGAUUUUGUCCUCGGUUUUUACCGACACGUCAUUGGAGUUAGUUGGAGCAGUGAACCAGGAUGGGGAUGGUCCAGUCGUCAAUGUGAGCUCUGUCCAGGACUGGACGCUGUGUAGGAGUGCUGAGGGGCUUGACCUGUUGACCCUUAAACCUCUGAACUCUGACCGCUCCUGCUCAGGAUGGAGGAGCAGUCCAGCUGCCCCAAUGUCAGCAUUCCCUGCUACCCCAAUGUCAGCAUUCCCUGCUACCCCAAUGUCAGCAUUCCCUGCUACCCCAAUGUCAGCAUUCCCUGCUACAAUGAGCAGAGGGACAAGAAGAAGCGCUACACUGUUUACAAAGUGAUGGUCAAUGUAGGAAGACAUGAGUGGUUUGUCUUCAGGCGAUACGCAGAGUUUGACAAGCUCUACAACACAUUGAGGAAACAGUUUCCAUCUUUGAACUUGAAAAUCCCACCAAAGAGAAUAUUUGGGGACAACUUUGACCCAGAGUUUAUCAAGCAAAGAAGAACAGGUUUACAUGAGUUCAUUCAAAGACUGGUCUCACAUCCUCAGCUCAGAAACCAGCCUGAUGUCAGAGCGUUCCUGCAGAUGGACAAAUCUCAAAACUUCUCAGACCCAUCAGAAGACGAAGAUGACAAGAACGGCUCUACCUUCAGAAAUAUUAACCUGGGACCGUCUGGAAAUCCACAUGCAAAGCCCACAGACUUUGACUUUCUCAAAGUCAUUGGAAAGGGGAGCUUUGGAAAGGUUCUCCUUGCUAAACGGAAACUGGACGGAAAGUAUUACGCAAUCAAGGUCCUGCAGAAAAGGGUCAUCCUCAACAGGAGAGAGCAAAAACACAUCAUGGCGGAGCGCAAUGUGCUACUGAAGAACAUGAAACACCCUUUCCUGGUCGGCUUGCAUUAUUCCUUCCAGACCACUGACCAGUUGUACUUCGUCUUGGAUUUUGUCAACGGGGGAGAACUCUUCUUCCAUCUUCAAAAAGAACAGACCUUUCCGGAACCCAGAGCCAAGUUCUACAUCGCAGAAAUGGCAAGCGCACUGGGCUAUCUGCAUUCUCUUAAUAUAGUUUACAGAGAUUUGAAGCCAGAAAAUAUCCUUCUCGACUCUGAAGGACAUAUAGUUUUGACUGACUUCGGGUUGUGCAAGGAAGGCAUUUCCCAAGCCGAGACGACAAGCACAUUUUGUGGGACACCCGAGUACCUAGCUCCAGAGGUCCUGAGGAAACAACCGUAUGACAACACAGUGGACUGGUGGUGUCUGGGAUCAGUGCUCUAUGAAAUGCUCUUUGGCCUGCCUCCGUUCUACAGCAGAGACACCCAUGAGAUGUAUGACAACAUCCUUCACAAGCCCCUGAUGAUGCGUCCCGGAGCGUCAAACACGGCCUGGUCCCUCCUGCAGGCUCUACUGGAGAAGGACGGCACACACAGACUGGGCUCCAGAGAUGAUUUUAAUGAGAUCAAAGCGCACUACUUCUUCUCAGAGAUCAACUGGGAUGACCUGGAACAGAGGAAGGUUCCACCUCCAUUCACUCCCAAUGUGAAUUCUCCUCAUGACAUCACAAACUUUGAUCCAGAAUUCACAGGCGAGACUGUUACAAACUCUGUGUGCUAUACUGAAGAUUCCAUAGUCAACGCCAUCGUGAUGGAGGCUGACGAUGCCUUCCUAGGUUUCUCCUAUGCACCACCCUCCGAUGACUCCUUUCUAUGAAAGACUCGCUGUGAGUCCCUGCCCCAGAGUUCUGUGAAAUUGACUUAACUCCGUGUUCUUCCAUCAUGGUCCUGUUGAUCCACAGGGUAUGCAGGCUUUUGUUCCAACCCAGUAGAGCUUGUCGAUUAGUUUAAUCAUGUGUGUUAGUGCUGGGCUGGAAGGAAAGCCUGCCCACCCUGCUGGUCUCCAGGAUCAGGACUGAAGAACAGUGCCUUAACCUGUCCAGAUUCUUUUGAAUAAAAGGGAACUCAUACUGUGGAUGAACCCAUAAAGCGAGCAGAAGUUGUGAUCAGACAGCACUUAUGAAUAUGGUUUGGGCUGCAGUGUGUCAAAUCUUUAUUUUUACCUAUUUAUAUAACAAUGUAUUUUUAAGAAAUGUAAGGCCAUCUUUCUUGACACGUAUUGUUUGUUGGCUUUAUGUUGAUCCACAAAAAAGUGGUGUCAAUGUUGGUCCUUUUGGUUUGAAGAAAAGAUAAACAUUCAGUGUCUUUUCAGGAUGGGAUGGGUAAAACUAAUCCCCCAAAUAAAAUCCAAGUUUAGAACUAGAAUCCUUCAUUAAAACAUUACCAAGGCAUUGUGCUCUCCACUUCUCUCUACAAAGCUACGGGAUGGUGCUGGAGAAAUGUAACCGCUUUCAAAUUCAUAGACCGCUAUGGAUACAAGGACUGACCAUCCAUGAUAUCAAAUGUAUAGUUUUGAGGCUAUAUGGUGUUUUUUACAUGUACAUUGUUUACAAACUUAUUUUGGGUUCUAAUGGGUACAACAGGUGAACUAAGCUCAUGAGGCAUUCGUGAGUUGUAUUCUUCAAUAAUCAAUGAGUAUGGAGCAACUAAGGAUUCUAGCUUUAAAAGUGUAAGUGAGGAAUGAAACAACUUCCUCAAUCAUUUCUGUUCCACUUUAAAAACAGACUGUGGCCUUAAUGAAAUGACAGUGAACAUAUUAUAUUCUCUCAGAAGAACAGCUGAAAGGAAUUGUGUUUUGUCUCUUCUCUCUUUAAAAGAUGGCUUAUGGUUCUUUUUUUUUCUCAAUGGGAGAAUACUUGAGAGGUCACUGAAUAGAGUCUUGUGUUGACAAAGGUCAUUUCAGUUCAUAUUUUGAUGAAGUUCAUAGACUUUUUCUGUGAUGGCUCCAUCCAUGACUUUACCUUGCAAACAGAUGCUGAGCCAUCUGAUUGCUUUCUAGCUAUGUUGGUUGCUUGCCUGUCUGUAUUAUAGCUUACAUCUCUUAAUCUUGCUUUAAUAUUACUCAAAUCCUCAACCACCAAUUUGGGUUUUCACACAAUUUCUAGGUAGUGAGUGUGGUCAAGUCCUCAUUGUUCAAUAUAAUGCUUUAGAUGAGAAGUCCUGUACACAAAAUAAGAAUGAAACAACUAUGUAGUGUGUUUUAGGAUGUACAGUGUAUUCGGAAAGUAUUCAGACGCCUUGACUUUUUCCACAUUUUGUUACGUUACAGCCUUAUUCUAAAAUGGAUUAAAUAAAAAAUACCCCAUAAUAGCAAAGCGGAAAGUUUUUUUUUUUUUUUGUGACAUUUUUGCAAAUGUAUUAAAAAUAAAUAAACAGAAGUAUUCUGGCCCUUUGCUAUGAGACUCAAAAUUGAGCAUAGGUGCAUCCUGUUUCCAUUCAUCAUCCUUGAGCUGUUUCUACAUUGGAGUCCACUUGUGGUAAAUUCAAUUGUUUGGACAUGAUUUGGAAAGGCACACACCUGUCUAUAUAAGGUCCCACAGUUUACAGUGCUUGUCAGUAGAAACCAAGCCGUGAGGUUAAAGGAAUUGUCCAUAGAGCUCUGAGACGGUUGUAUCGAGGCACAGAUCUGGGGAAGGCCACCAAAACAUGUCUGCAGCAUUGAAGGUCCCCAAGAACACUGGCCUCCAUCAUUCUGAGCAAUCAGAGGAGAAGGGCCUUGGUCAGGGAGGUGACCAAGAACCCGAUGUUCACUCUGAAAGAGUUUAGAAUAAGACUGUAAUGUAACAGAAUGUGGAAAAAGACAAUGGGUCUGAAUACUUUCUGAAUGCACUGUAUAUGGAGAUGGGUGACUUGGCUGGUUGUCUUGUCUGUACUCUACAGACGCGCGCAGUUCUUAUGUUCAGGUGGCCGGCGGCUGCGACUGUCAGGUGCAGGUCCCGUGCAGGUCCCGUGCUAGCUACUGAGGUCUCUGUGGCUGAAAGCUGUAGGUAACUAGCUUAGCUAGUUUGUCAGUAACAGAAAAUUGAACAUGUUUUCCUAUUGAAAGAGUCUGUUUUGUCUUUAGACAUUAGUGGAGCUCUUCAACUUGCUGAAGACUGCAAACCAUUCAACGUAAGUUUAGUGGUAGGCUAGCCAUCGAGAGCUUUCAAUGUGCUGUCAGUGUAGCUACUGGGAUUGCGUCAUGUGGUCCAGAGGGGGUAACCUAGGCAACCCUGUAUCCACAGGAAUGUGGUGACGUGAGAAGCAGACCUUCAUAGAUGACAGGAAGCUCUUAUGAUAAAUAACUGAUGGUUAUAUCUGUCCAAUUUGAUUUAGCUAUAUAUUAUAAAGUCAACUAAUAUCACCCAAAUUCAUAUUCCCUUCAGAUCCCUAGCAGAGUGAGGCUGUGUAUCUGUUCUGUAUCAGUGUGAACCCUUCUGACCUAAUGGAACUGGAUCCUAGAUUGGGUGACUGUGCUCCGUGACCCCUCAAAGCUACGGCACUAUUUCAGUCAGUAAGUCCAACACAUCUCCCAUUACCCUAUUCAAAUCUUGAAUUUGGAACAUACCCGAAUUGACGUUUUGUGUCACUCCCCAUGAGAUUUGUUGUCUCUCCCUGGUAGAGAAAAUACACACAAAGUCAGGCGAAUGUGAUCCUGAAGUUUACACACCUCCCUCCGUUCACUGAGGACACCCUGGAUCUCUGAGUUUCCCCGUGGUUCCAUGUGCUGGGAGGUGAGAAUGACGCCACUAAUUGGCUCUGUCCCUGAAUGAUAUCUGAUGAAGUAGCCUCACAUGCCAUGCUUACAUGUAGCUGUUGUUUAAAUACAAUACGGUUUUGAAACCGACAAGCAUCUGGUAGAGCUUAUCCAUGUCAAAGCACUGGAUGUCCUGAAAGUCCAUCCUCCCAGGCCCUCAGGUACCAGUCUGCCACCCUGUUUCUCAGAGGUAGGUUCACAUUCUGGUAAAUGUAUCAUAAUGGUAAUUUUGCCCAAACAUUUUGUAAUGCGCACGUACAGCCCAGUACAUCACUGGGGCCAAGCUUCCUGCCAUCCAGGACCUAUAUACCAGGCGGUGUCAAAGGAAAGCCCCAAAGUUGACAUUGACACCCACCCCCUUGUUUUUACACCGCUGCUACUCGCUGUUUAUCUAUGCAGUCACUUUACCCUUACCUACAUGUACAAAUGACCUUGACUAACCUGUACCUCUGCACAUUGACUUGGUACCGGUACCCCCUGUAUAUAGCAUCUUUAUUGUUCUACUUUUCUGUUGUUGACACUUUCGUUUAUUUAUUAAAUAUUUUCUUAACUCCA